AGCUAAUGUGCUUUCAAGUGGUCAUGUCAGCAAGCAACAUCGUCACGAAGUUACUGUGUGCAUAUUUGAGCGUUGACCUUGUACUAGAAAGCUAGAUCACACUGAGAUGCCCCGACCCCACCGGAGGCCAGCUCACGCAGGAUCUUGGUAUGAAGAUGACGGGACUCGAUUGGCUUCUCAGAUCGAGAAUUGGAUUGGUGCUGUACCAACACCAAGGGGUGCUCAUGCCCGUGCCAUCAUAAGCCCACAUGCUGGCUACAGCUACUGCGGCCAUGUCAUGGCUCAUGCGUACAAGCAGAUCAAUCCAGAAAGAGUGUCCCGGGUGUUCAUUCUGGGCCCAUCACAUCAUUAUUACACAAGGAGGUGCUGCCUGUCUCCGGCGAGCAGCUAUGACACCCCUCUCGGUUCAGUCAGCAUAGCGUUGGACAUUUACCAGGAGCUCCAAGCCACUGGACAAUUUGAUGUGAUUGACAUUGAUGUGGACGAGGCAGAGCACAGUCUAGAGCUGCAGAUGGGCUAUCUUGCGCACAUCAUGAGGGGGAGACAGUUUCAGCUUGUCCCCAUAAUGGUUGGAUCUCUGACUCCCGAGAGAGAGGCAGCCUAUGGGAGGUUGCUGGCAGGUUACCUGGAUGACCCAUCCAAUGUCUUCAUUAUCUCCUCGGACUUCUGUCAUUGGGGAUCGCGCUUCAGCUACACCUUCAAUGACUCAUCAAAGGGGCCCAUUUACAAGGCCAUAGAAUGGCUUGACACACAGGGCAUGGACAUCAUUGAGCAGGGGGAUCCCAAGGCCUUCACAGAGUAUUUGAGGCGAUAUGGGAACACAAUAUGUGGCCGACAUCCCAUAAGUGUCUUCCUGAAUAUGGUCCGCUCUUGCAGAACAAAAUUUGAGAUCAACUUUGAGAAUUAUGACCAAUCUGCCAGAGUUGCCACUUUCCGGGACUCGAGCGUCAGCUACGCGGCUGCCAUUGUGACAGCAGCUGCGCAGUCUUGACACAACAGUGCCAACAGUGCCGAAACACAUGCGACCAUGAUUCUUGCAAUUAUUUGCAUGCCAUUGCAGUGGCGUGCCCGACAUGACUUUUCUGAAGCUCCAGCAUUUGGAUACUUCAGGAUUACAAUUGUGAGCCCGCCUGUACCAUAUACAACAAUAACGCAUCUAGCUCUGCCACAUGUACAUGCAGAAGCUUGACCUCUUCACGCUGUACAGAAGACAUAAGGCUUGCCAGCAACUGCAAUGAGCCCUCUAAUAAAUAUUAUUAGAUGUGUAGGCAACCCUGAACAAUGUGACAAACAACAUGUAAAACAACUUGCAUCUU